UUAGCUAAGUAUUAAAAGGCAACCCUCCGGCCAAUUUUGUUCCUUCCGGAUUCCUUAGGUUAAUUUCACAAUCAUCAUGUCUAUCCCAGACAACUAUUAUGCAGUUGUUGAACCAUACUUGGGACACGGGAACAAGACAGGAGACAAACAAUACUUGGCACAUAUCCUGGAAUCCUGGAGCCCCAGCAUCGACCCCGACAACGGUAUCGGCUGGGCCCUACACUGGGCUAUCUUUCAAGCAGACGAUGCCGCUGUCCAGAUGAUGAUAGACGCUGGCGUGGACCCCAAUACGCGAGACAAACAGGAUCCCGGCUUCACACCACUCCUGGCCGCUUCGCAGCAUGGCAGACUCGAGAUGGCUCGUCUAUUCUGGGAACGAAUCGGCCCUGACGGACGCUUCAUUCCCAAAAAGAGAGGCCAACCUGGGCCCGACUGUUUGCAAAUCGCUGUCAGGAACAACCAUGCAGAUCUGACUGCCUACUUUCUCGGCGCCUGGGACGGUUGGAAUGACCAAGAGUUGCGCAGGGCGCUGCUUGACGCGGCAUCAGCCUGGUGUGAUGAGACAGUGCCACUUCUUCUGGCUCAUCCCGGCGCCACAUACAGCCCCGAGGUUAUCCAAGAUGCUCUGGCAAGGGCGGUCGGCAAGAGGAUGAUCCUCCCUGAAAGCGAAACAAAACCAGCACCAACCACUGCAGAUGCUAAAUGUCAGCAUCAGCUGGUCAGUCACCUCAUCGACGCAGGCGGAGAUCCCGACGGCGAGGACCCCCGUUCCCAUCAACCUCUCAUUCACGCCACAGUACAUUCACAUGAGUGUAUCGGCGGCCUCAGCGGCCUCCUGGAGAAGGGAGCGAACCCCAAUCGAGCAGACGCUCGCGGAAGGACCGCUCUUCACUACGUGUUCAGUCCACUCAGUCGUCAGCUCCCCAACACUACUGCUCUUCAGUUUCUUCUUCGGCACGGCGCGCUUCCCGAUCUCGCAGACGAAGCUGGGGAGACACCGCUCCACGCCGCCGCGAAGACGGGAACUUUUCCGCAGCUGCAACUCUGUCUUUCGCACUGCCGCACGCCGAAGUCGGAGAGCAUACAACUACGAAACUCUCACGGUGAAUCGUUGUUACACUAUGCCGCGUCAGGGGGACAGAGAACCGCGGUGGAAUUCUUGUUGAACUCCGGUCUGGACGCCAACGUGGCCAGCAGCAACGGAUGGACGCCUCUCCUGUGCGCCCUAUCUCCGACAGCGGGGAAGACCGCGCAUGACAUGUGCACUACGGCCAACUUUCUACUCCAGAAUAGCGCCAGCGCUGGUGUCGUGACGGACGAUGGAUGGACCACUCUUCACGCCUUGGCAUCUUGGCCAGCAGCGCAAGAUCCAGAUCUCAGGGCAGAGGUGGUGAACCUCGCGAAAAGACUCAUUGAGAGCGGUUCCCCCGUUGACGUCAAGUCGAGGGUCAUUCGGAGCCCGUAUACCACUUCAAGCACUCUGCACGAUGUCUGGGGUUUUCGUAUGCGAGGCUUUGUUCAGAGGGCUAUUCCAUCGGCACAGGAUUUGGGCCAAGCAGACAGCACUACACCGCUGGCAUGGGCCAGGAGAUGCAAAUCGAUGGAUGUUGUCAACGUCUUGUCGGCGCACUUAGCCUCGGCUGGCGGUGACAGUGCCUGAUUUCAGCUACUUGAUAGGCAUCCGCCUGCCUGGGAACCAACCUCCUGGAAAGGGAUCAAGGCUGGUGUAUCCGAGAUACUGCUCUGAGAUUUAAACAGAAGAAUUGUGAAAUAUAACAUAAUUUUCUCUCGACUGCCGAUACAUUGUUUAUAAAACUAGAAAGAAGUGCUUUCCUUUCCUCAACAGGCCGCUUACCUCGCCAGGUAGAUUGAAUACGUACUAUAGUGAAUUAGAAGAUUUAAACAAGUUCCGAGUCUCUUGAAGCUUUUCAUUCUCCCCUCGCCAUGUAUUUCAAGCCAGCUCUCAUGGCUCUCGGCCCUCACGCAAAGGGGUCUCGAGGGGUGAAGUCGUAUUGAGUUCCGUCAAUCAAGAAGUUGACGGUUUGCGUGAUGACACCCCAUGCCGGGUGAGCCAUUCCACCACGCAGUAGCAU